UUAUUAUAAAAAACCUGUUUCUCGAUUAAUAGAAACAAAUAGCUUGAAAAAUAGAUUUAUUAUCGACGUUUCAUUUAAAAAUGAACUCUAAAAUGGAUUACACGAUGCCUUCGACGAAAAUUACUACUAAUUUUCUAACUGUCGAUAAUCCGGUAUUUUGUUGUUUCCUUUUUUGGUCCAGUGUUUUGGUGAUAAAAAUGCUCUUAAUGUCGGCAAUAACAGGACUGCAACGCAUUUUUUUUAUGAUUUAUAUCAAUCCAGAGGAUUUAAUCUUUAAGGACGUAGAAUUAAAAUACAAUAAUCCACGUAUCGAAAGAGCCAGAAGAGCUCAUCGCAAUGAUUUGGAGAAUAUUUUACCCUACUUUACGAUGGCUUUACUCUAUAUAUGUACAGAUCCUAAUCCUUCCAUAGCAUGUAAUCUCUUCCGUAUAGGAUCCAUAGCGCGCAUCAUUCAUACACUGGUCUAUGCUUUCCGUCCGGUACCACAACCAUCGCGUUUCAUAGCCUUUUUUAUUAUGUUUCUCAUAACUCUUUAUAUGGCUUUCGAUGUUGGUAUGCAAACGUUAAAACAUAUAUAAAAUUCCUUUUUGUUUUUAAGGUUC